UGACCUCAAGCAUGGCCUCACCGCGACCCGCAGCCUUUCUCCUUCUUGUUUCUGCUCUUGCUCACGGCCUAAAGCAGGGCAGCGUGAUGAUCGAGCCCCUGAAUUCAGGCCAGGACAUCGACCCAAACCAAGGCACCUUACAUGAAGGAGGCGCCUUGGAGCAAAUCUCUGGCGCAGUGCAGCAGGACUGGUCAGCAGAAGGCCAGAAAUACUUGGUGUUUUGUGAUGAAGAUGCUAUGGAGGUGGUUUUGCCCUCAGACUCGCUCUCUGAGAUGAAGGUCUUUGAUUUAUCAGGAAUGUAUCCUGUCCUGGAGCUCCCAGAGGCCUGUGGCUACUUUCUGACCAGGGAAAAUGGGAGGAACGUUCUCAAUGUCCACUUCACUGGCUGUCAUGUCACUGUUGAGGAGGGCAGCUACACUCUGAGGUUCCUGUAUCGUAACAGCGCUGGACAGUUUGAGAUCGUCACAGUGUCCUGCGGUAACUCCAGUCACGUGCCCUCCCCAAAAACGCGACACUCACGCCAUCCUGUUCUGUCCUACACCGCAGUCAAGAUGCCCCCUCCUCCUGGGCUACCGCUGUACCCUCCCUAUUGGGAUCUACUGUACCCGCCCCAUUGGGAUCUACUGUCCCUUACCCCAGGGGAACCACUGUCCCUUCCCCAAUCUGAUCCACUGCCCCCUACACCAGGGGCACCACUGACCACUCCCCAGUUGGAUCCGCUGUCCCCUCCCGAAUUUGAUCCACUGUUCCCCACACCAGGGGAACCACUGUCCCCUCCCCAAUUGGAUCCACUGUUCCCUACACCAGGGGAUCCCCUGUCCAUUUCCCAAUGGGAACCACUGUCUCCUACACCACCCAGUGUGCAAGCGACGGUGACGCCCCCGUCUCUUAGGCUGCAUUCAAACUACAAACAAGGAGGCUGCAGCUUUCCUAGUGGUCAGAGAUUGCCGUGUGGUCGUCCUGGGGCUACAGCUGCUGAGUGUCUGGGGAGAGGAUGCUGCAGAGACCAGGCGACUUCCGCCUGUUACUACCCCAUGGAUGUAUGUUCGGCUGAUGGGCAGUUUGUGUUUGUGGUUCCCUCCAACGUUGCUGGUUUGCCCAUAAACCCUACGCGUCUGAUGGCGGUGGGGAGGAGUAGCUGUAAACCCGUCAUUGCCAACAAAGAUUUUGCCGUCUUCAAGUUUGCGGUGACGGAGUGCGGAACGCGUUCGUAUCGAAUUGGAGAGACCAAAGUUUACUUGGCUGAAGUGCAGUCGCCCAUCAGGAAGCACAUCCUGCAGUACGGCAUCAUCACCAGGGAUCAUCCUGUCAGGCUCAUGGUUGAGUGUCGCUACUCAAAGGUCAGUUUGGACCUUCAAGCCCCUGCGGCUCCUCUGGUCCCUGCGGUCCCUGCGGCUCCUCUGGCCCCUGCAGCUCCUCUGGCCCCUGCGGCCAUUCCAGUGCUGCUGGCUUCUCAGAGCCGUUCGAUGAAGGGCUGGGUUAGUGCUGGAUACAUGGUGAAGAGUGCCAGCCUGCCGGCCUUGGUGAGGGCCAAGGGACUGUAUGGAGUCCAGCUCCGGAUUGCAGAGGACAAGACCUUCACCAAAUUCCACGCUGAGGAUCACCAGCCCCUGAGAAUUCUCCUGGGUAAACCUGUGUACCUGGAAGUGCGAAUAAACGCCCCAAACCCUAAAGCCACCCUGGUGGUGCACUACUGCGUGGCCUACCCUCGCUCCGCUAAGAGCGCCUUGGUUCUGCUGUAUGAAGGUUGCCCCAACCCUCUCGACGCCGACAACAUCUCGAUCCUCUACGUGGCCGACCAGUCGCAGAAUCGCCACGUGCGCCGUUUUGAAGUGAAGGCCUUCCAGUUCAUGGACCAGUCCACCAAUAAAUACCUCAACGAGGAGAUCUACUUCAUGUGCUCUACCGAGGUCUGUAUGCCGUCCCAGACUCAGUGUAAGGAGACCUGCUUUGAUGGCAAGUCUUGAUCUACAGUGGCUGCAGAUGUUUUGAGC